AAUGGAUGCACUUUCGCAUGGUCUCUUCCUUCGGGACUUGUCAAAGCUUAACAAGGAUCCACAUAGUGAUGGAUUGUUAUUUGCAAACAGAGUACCACUAGACAAGAUAACUGUUUUUGGUAUUGUCGUCAAUAUAGAAGCAACAAGUCUGGAAGAAUUUACUAUUCAAAUAGAUGACUCUUCUGGGCUUGCAGACGUAUUGAUUUCGAAACAACUAGUUGGUUUGCAGCAGUCUGCUGUGGAAAAAGGCGUGUUUGUUGUAGUUUGCGGAUUCAUUGAGGUUCUGGAUUUUAGUUCUCGUUGCACAGUUGUAGCGUUGGAUUUAAAGACAGCUAAAGAACCCAUCGAAGAGUUACUUGUGGAACUUGAAGCUAUACAAUAUUAUAAGAGAUAUUAUUAUCCAAAGUUAUUCCCUUGUGUAGAGGAACGGCGAGGAGCUGUGGAUAGUACAGUUUUGGCGCUUGAAGAAAUACUGCACAUGAUUCGAAAGAAUCACGGGAUGACUUUCAGUGCUAUCGAAAAGACUUUUGUCAACUACUCGAAAGAGCAACUAGUGUAUUUCUUAUCGAAGCUAAUGGAUAACUUUUCAAUCUACAAGCAUGAAGACAUCUAUUUUCCUCUCUAGAGCUUGUUCUUGUCAUUUUUAGAAACAAUAGGCCAAGAAUUGUUAGUAUUCAUAUCAUCA